UUCAAUCCUUCGAACAUGUUCUUAUUUCAGCAGGGCGACUGUCGUAUCUUGGCGUUUUCCGUCUUUUAUGAAUAUUUUGUUUUUAUUUAGAUAAUUUUGGUUUAUUUUAUAACACACAAACGUGAACCAAACGUCACAUUAGCUUACAUGUAGCCUGAUGUUUUGAAAUGCACCAUCACCGGCUGCACAUAAACAAAUGACCACCGUUGUGAGAUAGGGGUACAUAUUUCUAUUUCUACAAACUCAAAAGUUUUGGAUGGCACAUACUUUAAAGGAUCCAUUGGGACAUGCACACCAUUGUGGAGCUCAACGGAGUCAAGUGUGGAUAUCGCUGUGGCUACUGUAGGAAUGCAGGAGGUAAAGCGUCAUACGGCAUGUGGUCCCAUACUAUGACAGUGCAGGACUACCAAGAUCUCAUCGACAGAGGCUGGAGAAGAAGUGGCAAAUAUGUUUACAAGCCAAUUAUGAAUAAGACUUGCUGCCCACAGUACACCAUCAGGUGCCAUGCCUUGAACUUCCACCCGUCGAAGACUCACAAAAAGACCUUGAAGAGAGUGAACAAGUUUCUCUCCAAAGGAGAGAUGCCAGUAGAGCGGUGUGAUGAGGGACAUGAAGGAGAGCCCAUGAACUCUGUGCACGAAGAAGGUGUGCGACCCCCUCCUGAAGAUCCACUGAAAAUAGACCACAGUGACAUACAAGACAUCACCACCAGCCUAGACAUCGAGUCCUCCAAAUCAACGCCCAGAGAAGACGCAGCUCCUGCUUCAGCAGAGAAAUCCUCAAACGUUACAACCAAGCCAGGUAAGGGAGCCGACCCCAACAGGCCUCUGUGUCGGAAAGCUAAGGACAUUAGGAAAGAGAAACGACUUCAAAAGGAGCAACUGAAGCAGCAAGAACCGCUUUCUUCUUCUCCGAGUCCAGCCCCAUCAAAAUCUUCAUCUAAUCAGCCCAAAUCAUUGGAGGACUUCAUUACAGAGCACUUACCCAGUGACCCGCUGCACCGUUUAGAGGUGAGGCUAGUGCCGGUCAGCUUUGAGGACCCGGACUUCCUGGCGUCGUACAAGCAGUCAGUGGCGUUGUACGCCCGCUACCAGAUGACCGUUCAUGGCGAUACUCCGUCCGAGUGCGGGGAGAGCGAGUUUAAGAGGUUCCUCUGUGACUCUCCUUUAGAGGCUGAGACCGCUCCUGAUGGUCCUGAUGUGGGCUAUGGCUCGUUCCAUCAGCAGUACUGGUUAGAUGGCAGAAUAGUAGCAGUGGGCGUUCUGGACAUCCUUCCCUCCUGUGUGUCGUCUGUGUAUCUCUACUACCACCCCGACUUCUCCUCGCUCUCAUUGGGCACCUACUCUGCUCUCAGGGAGAUUGCCUUCACCAGGCAGUUGCAGCAGCAGUCGCCCAAACUCGCCUACUACUAUCUGGGUUUCUACGUACACUCGUGUCCCAAGAUGCGCUAUAAGGGUCAGUACCGGCCUUCAGACCUCCUGUGCCCUGAAACGUACGCUUGGGUGUCCAUCGAGAGAUGCAUUUCCCGCCUUGAGAUCUCCGCCUACUCUCGUCUCAACGAGAACGCCCAAGCAGGUGAUGCUUCUGCGCUGAAGGACCUGGGCCGGGCGUUAGUGCUCCACAGGAGGACAGUGAUGCCCUAUGCGGCCUACGCCCGUAAGCGGAAGGGUUCGAACGACGAGAAAGAAGUGGAGCAAUACGCUAGUCUGGUGGGCCAGUCGUGUGCAGAGAGAAUUCUGCUUUACAGAGCUUAGAGCCCCUUUAUACAGUACCUUACAAACAUCUGUCUCUCUGUCUUUCAAAACAUGUAAGUGUUUGUAGGCCUGUCUGUUUAUUGUCUCCCUGAUUGUAUAUUUGUCUGCUUUUCUUUGUUUUUGUCGUCUUCCUCCUCCAGAAGUAUUUUCCCCAUCUGUGUGUACUGUUUGCUUUCUUUUUUUGUACUGCCGUGGAUUGCUUCACUCACCCCGUCUUUCGUAAUCUCGAUGAACUCUACUUUUAUAUUAUCUCGCCAGCAGCGCUUUGCAAUAAUCCCACUUGCGCACAUUCAACACGCAACGACCAGGCACACGUGUUAUGUAUCCCAGAGUAUUACUCAUUUACAACUCACUGAGCACAUCUUAACUAGCUAUAGAUAAUAUGAUAUGAUGUGCCGCCCUAAUUCUGAAUACUGUAUAUGUCGUGUCUGGAUGGUAUUUCUAGACUGCGGUUGCCCUGAAACUUUUGGCCUUUUGUGACAUAAUCACUGCUUUCCCAAAGUGUUUAAUGUCCCUGAUAUUUAUAUUCUUCUAAAGCUACUAAUACCAUUCAAAUUAAGUGCUAUAACACAAUGAAAAUUAUACUGCACACGACUUGGAUAGUUGAAUCCAUUCAUUUUUUCUUUUCUCACUUUGUCUUUCAGUUGAAGUAAUAACUCGAGUGCUUUUAUUGUUUUGUUUCAAGUAAAAUAAAAAAAUGAUAAAAUAA